AUGGCACAAUCUCUCUCUUUCACACAGAAGUCAUGCAAUGCUAGGUCACUGAAGGAUCAGGAACAACAAGGUUUGUUUCUCUUCCAUGAGCAAGACCUUACGAAUUCUGACCUUAUCUUUUCCUACGCGAUCGACUUGAGUGAUACUCAAAAUGAAGCUGCACGUCUACGUGUUAGAGGCUCGGAACCUAGCAGCUCGAGAUCAAAAUGCCGAGAAGCAAACCAUCCCCCCGUCACGGGGGACGGGACAGGGGGUCCGGGCGGGGAAACGAUGGGAACGGGGUUGGAGAGGCCGGGACGGGGGGUUGAGAACGUAGGGAACGAUGGGAACGGGGUUGGAGAGGCCGGGACGGGGGUUGAGAACGUAGGGAACGAUGGGAACGGGGUUGGAGAGGCCAGGACGGGGGUUGAGAACGUAGGGAACGAUGGGAACGGGGUUGGAGAGGCCGAGACGGGGGUUGAGAACGUAGGGAACGAUGGGAACGGGGUUGGAGAGGCCGGGACGGGGGUUGAGAACGUAGGGAACGAUGGGAACGGGGUUGGAGAGGCCGGGACGGGGGUUGAGAACGUAGGGAACGAUGGGAACGGGGACGCAAGAGAGGGAGGUGCAAUCAUGGUCCAGAUAUGUGGGUCGAUUUAG